UACCUCAACUGACACUAAUACAGUCUUUUACAGACUUACACUGACAGUUUCGACACGUGCAUAGUAAAUAACGUAAUCAAACAGCGCGCUUCAGAAAACGUUAAAGAAAAGACUCUGGGCUGUCUAUGGCUGUGGAUAAAGGAAUGACAACAGGAAUCAUAUUUUUGGAUUUAGCCAAAGCUCUCCACCUCUAUCUCUCAUUACUAUUUAUAAAGUUUGAUGCUGGCAUCAGAAGAAAUAACAAGCUGUUUGUCUCCAGAUGUGUAUUCCAUGGUUUGUAAGCUUGGGCAAGAGGAAGAAGAAGAUGAGCGUUUGGAUAUUUACACACUCAUAACAGAAGAUGGAAAACUCCUUUGGGUGAAUUUUGCAAAUUAUGUAUGUUACCACUCACCAGAUGGAACUUUGGAUUAUAUAAAAAGUGUGAGACUUCUGAGACCAGCGUGUAAAAUGGUGCACUUACAUUUGAUGUCGAUUACUGCUUGCUUUUUUAAGGAGAAAUAUGAAGUGUGGUUUGAAUGGACAAACAAUACACAGGUGUUUCUUGAAGUGUUUGAUUUACUGAGAAGUAAAGAAGUGACUACACUGAGUCUUGCAUUAAUGAAGUUAACAUCCCUUCUUGAAAGGGCCUUAGGAGACGUGCAUUUACUUGUAAGCAGAGAGUGCCCUUUCUUGCUAAGAGAUCUGCUAGCAUCUCAAGAACUAGCUAAGAUAUUCGGACAGCCUGUGAUGGAUAUCUUUCGAGUAUUCCUGGGUUCUCCCAAGAGCCUCAAUCUUCGCAACAUCUUGUGGCAUGGAUUUGCAGCACCUCAAGAAAUCCCUCCUGAAUAUUGUUCUAUGCUACUUUUUUUCUCUGGAGGACUGGGACAGCUACUAAGCGAUUACCUAGAGAGAACAAGUUCUGAAUUAGUACAUCGCCCGUAUUACAGUUUUACCUGUCUGGAAGAACUCAAUAUUUUUCCUGAUGUAAAUGAUGAAAUCCUUUCUGUGGCUGAAGAACUGAUAAUGAAGUCUAAAUUUGUCCUAAAGAUUAUGCUGCCUUAUUGGAAUGCUGCUCUGAUGGCAUUUAAGCAACACAGGUAUGCAGAUUGUGUCAUUCUACUUCUGCCUCAGAUUGAGACUGGUCUAAGGCUGGUUUUCACUUCACUGAAUAAUUGCCAAGAACGAUUGCUGACUGCAGAGUCCACAACCCUUUACACAACAUUUGAUGAGAUGCUGGCUAAGCAGUUGAAUAAUGGAGACCUCAAUCAGCUUCCCUUAAAACUGGGGGACCCUCUACUGGAAUUUCUUUGGGAUUUUCUGAACCAUCAAGAGGGCCCUCGAGUGCGAGACCACUUGAGCCAUGGUGAAGUGGAUUUGAAGGUUUUUCCCCGAUGUAUAGCCAGUCAGCUAAUUGCAUUUGCCAUGGUACUUCUGCACCAGUUUUGUGCUGAAGAUUCUCAGGAGAAUGCUGUCACUGGAACACUUAAGAAGUGUGCAAGCUGCUAUCGUUCUAGGUUUCAUCCAAUUGGUAGGCUCCGAUAUCAGGUGCUGAACUGUAUUGAGAGCCUUGUUAAAUGGGAUUCCCUUCCUGUUGUACCAGUUGAUGACAUUCAGAGCUCAGUAAGGUUGAAGGACCCUGCAGAUAUCAAGGAAUGCAGCUCUUUGAUGGAUGAAAUUGUUUCUCUGACAUUUUCUUUAAUGCCUGUCAACUUCAGCUGGAAACGAGAGCCAGUGGGUGAAUUAUUAGGAAAUAAGUGGCCGCAAAUAUUGGCUGACCUGUGCAGUACUCAUGUACCAGUGUUAUACUGCCCACGUUCAGUGCUUGAAGUGGUGGUGGUACUCCGUCAGAUAAUCACACAGUGCCAUCUAGUGUCUGAUCAAGUUAUAAGCACAGCUGAAAAUCGACAUGUACAGUGGAUAAAUAAAGCAUUACGUUCUCGUCAGAGACAAAAUUAUUUAAGGAUGCUCACCUGCAUUCAACAUCUGUCACCUGUAUCCAGACUGAUUUUAUUACUGGUUACCAUGGAAAUGUACAAUGUAUAUAAAGUAUGUGAAAAGAGCCCUUCAGAGUGUCUGCAGUAUCUGAAGUUCCUAAAGGCAAUUUUGCAGUAUGUAGAAAAUCUGGUUACAUAUACUAGUCCUGAGAAAAACAAGUGGGAUGAAACAAUGGAACUUACAAAAAAGAUAUUGCUGAAAAUCAAACUAUUCUAUGGCAAACUGACAAUAUAAUGCAAAUGUCAGUGCAAACAAUAAGAUUACUUUGAAAAAACUGCACUUAGAUCUACAUUAUGCCUGUGAUCUACUCCACAUUUUAUUUAUUUGAUUAUGGUUACAAUCCCAAGGUAAUAGGGGUGUUCUUACUUCUCAGUGAAGAAGAUACAGCAAUGUACUAUAAAUGUACCAUUCAGGCUUUGUGAUGGAGACAUAUAUUUGAGUUGUCCAGAUUUUCACCUCAUAUUUUUUAUAUGUUCUGCAUAAAAUUUAUGGUUUUCUGACAAACUUUGAGGACUGAAUUCACUAAAUAAUGACAUAUAUUUCAGUUGCAGACUUCAUAUCCUUCAGAAAUUGCAUUUUAAUGCAAAAUCUGUUUUCCUAGGAACUUUCUAAAUUUAUCAGAGCAGUAUUGUAAAUAUGUCCCUGAUUUUGCCCCCCCCCCCCUCCUCAUUAUUUUUGACUUUGUCCAUGUGUUUUUGUUCAUAGACAUUGAGAGAUAUGGAUAGAGAAUAAGAAAAUUGCUAUAUGUUAAUUUCUGACAUUAAAACUAUGAAAUGUGUUCUAUGAGAAUGGAGAAAGAACAUGGAUGAUACUUUCAUAAAAGU